CUAGAGACAUUCGUGGUGUGAACAUACAUUUGUAUGUUAAAAUUAGCAACAAUUUAAUUUUGUGCUAAACACUUGGCAACUCAAAACACACACAUACACAUAUGUAUAUAUAUACAUAGAAACAUAUGCAGAUGCAGUGUAAAUAAGCAACAAGAAAAUCAGCUUUCAAGUCGCAAGAGUAAUAAGACGACAAAAGCACAAAAAAAUAAAAAGCAUGAAAAACAAGUGAAAAAUGUAACAAAAAGUGUAAUUUACGGUUGUGUGCAUGUAUUUGUAUGUGUGAGAACGCUCCUCAUAGCGGGCAUAAAAACAACACCAAGAAUCCACGAGCCAAUUAAAUGCAUGCGUUCGGUUCAAAAGUGGUUGUGUUAAAUAAUAUAUCAGUGUAGUUGUGUGUGUGUGAAAAGAAAUAAUUCUUUGGCAUUUUGCAUAACAAAAACCACAGCGCAAGCAGCAGCAGCCCCUGGGCAAAAAUAAUAACACGAGUGACAAAAAAAACACACACACACACUGACUUACAAAAAUAUACGCAGCCAGCAGCAGCAGUAGACGGACGCCUACGUCAAUAAGCAAAACGGCGGCGACGACGGCGAUGCCAAUGAUGAUGUUGCUGCCAUUAUUGGGGGCGACCUCGUUGUACAGCAGCAACAACAAGUAUUGCAGCUAUUGCCACAACAGCAGCAAGAGAAACAUCAAUAACAAUAAUAUUACUAGCCAAUAUUAAAGAGGGAACGAGAAGCCAGACACAUGUUGCUGCUACAAUUGAAACGAGAACAACGAGGAGAGCAACAGCAAGUACAAUGCUCAGUGCUGCGAAUGCAACAGCAGCAACAGCAGCCACAGCAGCAGCAGUUGCCGCUGGCGAAACUUAUGUGAUAACAAGCAAACACCACCAACAUCAACAACAACAACAGCAACAACAACAGCAGCAGCAACAUCAACAACCACAACAGCAGCAGCAGCAACAUUUUGUUGUUGCCGCCAACACAAUGGUGAUACCAGCAACAGCAGCAGCAGUCGCCGGUAUACCAACAGCAACAACCACAACAACAACAAGCAGUGCAUUAGCCGUUGAAACUGCACAAGCAACACAUCAACAUCAACAACAGCCGCAGCAGCAACAACAACAACAACAACAGCAGCAACAUGUGUUGUUUCAACCUCAAUUGCAGUUGCAAGCAGCAGCAGCAACAACUCCACAGCCGCGACAGCUGCCCAAGAAGCGUAAAUUUGAUCUAGCUGAGCUAGACAAAGCCGAGCAACAGCAGCAGCAACAGCAACAACAACAGCAGCAGCAGCAGCAACAGUUGCACAAGCAGCAGAAACCCGCCGAAACAAAUGGAAACAGCGAUGCGUUGUUGUCCAAUGGCAAUGUUGCUGCCGUGCAGCAGCAUGCCAUAUCGUUGCGGGGCAUGAUUGCUGUCUCGCCCUCGGCAAUCAAUUGCGCAGUCGCAGGUGCAGGCGCCAGCAGCAGCAACAACAAUAGCAAUAGCAACAGCAAUAGCAACGAUAUCAGGCAGCAGCAACUGCAACGUAUUAUAAUCACAUCGCCGCUGCAGCAACAAGCAACCAAGCAGCAGCAUGUUACCAGCAGCAGCAGCAGCAACAAUAGUCAUGCAGCAAUCAAUCAUGCAACACGCACACACACUCCCGUCUACUACCAACAACAACAACAGCAGCAGCAGCAACCACGUUUUAGCUUUAUCUCUCACAACAACAAUCAGCAACAUGUACAGGAACAACAGCAACCACAACAACAACAGCAGCAACAGCAACACGAGCCUGUUGCUCUACUCGAUCUCAGCGAAUGGACAAACACACGUGUCCUGGCCAAAGUGGGCAAAUUUUAUGCGCCCGGCAUCAUUCGGCAGGUGCAUGAGGCGACUAUAGCUGCCACGCCCACGGCCACGCCCAUGCCGCCUUCAAUACUCGUGGAAUUCGAUGCAGCCGAAUUUGGGCAGCAGCUGUAUCCGGAUGUGCUGCAAUUAGGACGCUACAAUGUGAUACUAGACGCCAGUCCGCCAAUGGCCGAUAUCACGCUGGAGGCACGCGUCUGUGUGCGACAACGGGUGGAGGAUCGCAACGUUGGCUGCGUCUACGUCGAGGGCAUCCUCAUGGACAUCAACCAGGGCACCAAGCAAUACACCGUGCAGUUGGCCAACGAAGAACUUCCCAAUACGAAGGUUGUGCGUCGAGCCGAUCUGCGAUUGCUGCUGCCACCCUGGUGGGAUGAGCUCAACGAGCUGACGCCAACGGCGACGACACCAGGUCAGACGCCAGCGAAGCGCAAGCCAGAUGCGGCUACUGUAACUGCAACAGCCACUGCCACAGUCUAUCCUAAGGCAUUUGUGGCCACGGGCUACGACGGCAAGUUGCCAACGCAACCGCAGCACCAGCAGCAAAAACAUGAGUAUUACCGAGUGGCAGCCACGUCGCCAUUUCAGGGUGGUGUUGUGCCACCGCCACCACUGUUGGCGCAUGUCGAGCAUUCCCAACAGCAGCAGCAGCAGGCCAACGGUCUGCCGGAUAUUGUGAUCUCGCCGGGCAGCAAUGGACAACAGCAGCCACAUCAUCAUCUGAAAAUGCAUGUGCCAUCGCCAGCGCAGCAGCAACAACAACAACAGCAGCAGCAGCGCGGAUACGACGACUACGAUUCGGAUGACGAGCUGAAGCGUGUCGGGAUUGGAUAUUCGCCGGCCGCUGGCGAUGUGGAUGCCGAGAAGAUGAGCGCCUGCAGCAAGCGCAGCAGCAUGCAGAGUCGCGGCAGCACAUCCAGCUUACUCGACCAGAGGCUGACACCACGAUCUCAUCCGGCAACUCCAAGAUCUCAGGCAACGACGCCGCAUCGCUUCAAGAAGGGCGACAUUGUGGAAUCGGAAUCCGGAGUGCGCAAGAAGUACAAUGGAAAGCAAUGGCGACGUCUCUGCACGCUGUGCAUGAAAGAAUCUCAGCGGCGCGGCUAUUGUUCCAGGCAUUUGAAUCAGAAGGGCAACAACAAUGCGAUGCCCUCAUCAACGGGUCCGGGUCGCUUUCUCAGUGAUAGCCGAUCGAGCAGCAAGACGCAAAACGAUGAGGACACAUCACGCGACUCGGAAACAUCGCCCAACCAUCGUGUCACGGGUCGCUAUGACCAGGAAGAGACCGAUGUGGCCGGCGUAUUAGUGUCACUGAGCAGCUCACGCUCUGCAACGCCAUCGUAUACAUCACCCGUGAAUCAUGCCGGCGCCUCGCCGCUGAACGCCAUCCCCCACUCCCCGGUCAAUGUGACCAGUCAUCGGCAAAACUUCUUUACGCCCAUUGCGAAUCAAUCCCAGCAGCAACAACAGCAACAGCAACCACAUCAGCAGCAGCAUGUGAAUGUUGUGGCUGCUGUGCCGCUGGACAGCAAAUGGAAGACAACACCAAGUCCAGUGUUGUACAACACCAAUAAUAACAACAAUAACAGCAGCAGCAGCAACAACAACAAUGGCUGGGAGAGCAGUCAACAUCAGCAGCAGCAACAUCAGCAGCCACCGCCACCGCCACAAACAACGGCUGUUUCGCUGGUGAUGCAUGCACCACCGCCACAACAACAGCAACAACAACAACCACCUGCCGCUCAUCUCAGUGCGCUGCCAACGCCGCCGCCCAGCAGCCUUGGCCAUGCCACAAGCGUAAUUCGCAUCUCAAGCAGCCAGCAACAACUGCAACAAUCAGCGCCAACUCAGCAGCAGCAACAACAACAACAACAACAUGUUGUGGUAUCCACGGCUGGUCAUCAGACAUUUCAUCCCGUCAUUGUGAAUGCGACACAACUGUCGCAACUACAGAAUUCAUUGCCCGUUUCCGUCGCCCAACAACAGCAGCAACAACAACAGCAACAGCCGCCGUUGCCGCCCACAUCGGUUUCGUUUCAUCCGCAUUCGCAUCCGCAUCCGCCAACCACGCCCACAUCCGCAACAGUGCCCAUUGCUGUGGCACAAGCACAGGACAAGCCGCUGCCAAAAAACGGCUACAAUGCGGCUAGCUAUCCGUGGCACAAGCUACUGCCGCAAAUGCCGGCCAUGACCAAAGCACCUCCAGCAACAGUGGUGACGACGACAACGACCAACAGCAACUACAGUUUGUCGCUGAUGCAGCAUCAGCACCAACAGCAGCAGCAACAGUUGUCGCCGCAGCACACAGCACAACUGCCAGCAACAGUUGCAGCACAGCAGCAACAACAAUCGUCGCUGAAUCCUAGCAACAAUCAUCUGAUUGUUCCUGCGCCGUUGUCAUCGCCAGGCAAGCCACUCAACUGUUCCAUGAACGAUGCAAAAGCAGCAGCAGCAGCGGCGGCAGCAGCAGCAGCCUCAGCAACAGUGGUGUCCACUAGCACAGCGGAUGAUCCCGAUGAACCGGAUGAGCAGCUGGACGACGAUGUGUUUGAGUCGCACAGCAACAGCACAGCAGCCGCAGCAACCACAUCGAAUGGCAAGAAAACAGCAGCAACAGCGGCAACAGCAAUGCAAUUGCCCACGUACAACAGCAACAUACGCAAGCUGGACGAGUGCCACGAUGCCAGCGAUGGUGUGGCAGGUGCACCAACAACUUCAGCAGCCAAGCGACGCAGUCAAUCGCUGAGUGCGCUGCAACAGCAACAACAACAGCAGCAGCAACAACAACAGCAGCAACAACAGCCGACGACGGCUAAGGCAGCGGAGAAGAAGGUGCGCCGUCCGAUGAACGCCUUCAUGAUCUUCUCGAAGAAGCAUCGCAAGAUGGUGCACAAGAAGCAUCCCAAUCAGGACAAUCGCACAGUCAGCAAGAUCCUUGGCGAAUGGUGGUACGCUCUAAAGCCCGAGCAGAAGGCGCAAUACCAUGAGCUGGCCAAAUCGGUGAAGGAUGCGCAUUUUCAGCUGCAUCCCGAUUGGAAGUGGUGCUCCAAGGAUCGUCGCAAAUCCUCGACGGGCGGUGGCAAAGGCGGCGCUGCGGCAGCGGCAAGUGCUUUGGGAGGCGGCGGCGAUUGCAAGCAGCGUCAAGUGUCGGUGGAUGGCUCCGAUUCGCUGGAGGACGACAUGUGUCCAUCCACGCCAGGCGGCAGUGGCAGCGGCGGUGCUCAGGCAGCCGAAAUGCAAGGCGACAUCAUACCGCUGACCAUUGACAACUAUAACAUUGCCUGCGACGACACGCCCACCACGAUCGCCAGCAGCCAAGUGCAGAGUCAGAGCAGCAAUGGGAAUGGCAAAGUGAAGCUGCCCAAGAACGAGCUGCAGUCGGAUGAGGAUGAGCAGAUGCUGGUGGUGGAAGUGGAUGAGCAGCCGAGCAACAACAAACUGGAUUUGCAAUGUCGCGAACGCGUCAACGACUUGGACAUGGACGAGGCGCCCUUUGACUACCGCAAGCAGACGGACGCGGAGCAACGCACUCAAGAGGAUCAUUCAAGUGCCUGCAAUGGCCAGGCCAUGUCUGCUCCAGCGACAGCAACAGGAACGGGCGCUGGCGCUGAGCGUGAGAUAACGCUGAAGCCGAAGGCGAUCAAGGCGCAUCCGGGACUGGAGAGCACGAUGCUGCAAUAUCCACAGAUGCCCAUGUAUACGCACUACACUAGUCCCAAGAAUCCAAUCGGUGUAACACCAUUCCAACCCACAGGCGGCGCCUUCAAGUCAAUGCCCAUCAGUCCCAAGGGCAGCAGCAGUUCAUCAACGGGUUGCAAAUCGGAUGAACAACUGCAGGCUGCUCACAUCAAGCAGGAGGACAUCAAACAGGAGCCACCAUCGCCCUAUAAACUGAAUGGUGCCCGCCCCCCGGGAGGCGUGAUCAGUGCUCCGCCACCGCCCACAAAUGCUGUCGGCGCGAUCUUCAAUUUCAAUGUGCCAAAUGCAACGGCGCACAGCCAGAAGCAAUUUCAUUAUCCCAUCCAUCAUGCCCUCUGCAGUCCCACUGAUGUGAGAGCUCAUCAGGCCUGUGUGCCCAACUCCCCGGCGGCGGUCAGUUUGGGGCAUGCGGCAGCCAGCAUUGCCACGCCUCCAGCCUCGGCGCCAGCGCAAAUUCUGGGUGCAGCGGGUCCAGCGCCUCCGCAGAAAAUGUACUUUACCAUGAGUCAUCCGUAUCAGAUGCUGCCACGUACGCAUCAGCCGAGCACUCCCAGCCUGGAGCACUUGCAGCUGCAAGACGCUUUUUCGCCCGGCUACCUCUUCAAGAAGCACAGCAGUGGCCUCGGGGUGCAGGGAGCGCCGCAGUUGCCUCCGGUUAGUGCGCAGGCGGCAAUGUUGUUGCAUGGCUAUGCGCCCAGCAGUCAGCACAGCCAGGAGCAGCCGCCGGUCAGUUCGCCGUCGUAUAAAUCAAUGCCCUCCACACCGAAGUCGGCGACAUAUCAUCUGAGUGCACCGCCCGAUUCGGCGGGCAAGCGCAGCAGCUGCGACACAAACGCUGCCGAGGACACCGAUGUCGAUGUGGAUGUGGAUGCCGAUGGUCAUCAGUUUGUGUUGGCGCCGACGCCAGCGCAACUAGGACGUGCUCCGCUGCAGCGACGCAAGAAUUUAUCUCAAAGCAAAUCGGACAACAAUGCGAGUGGCGUAUACGGAGGCAGCAAUGGACAGCACAUUGGACGCAAACUGCACUCGCCCACGAUGACGGAGGGAGCCACCUCGUCGCCGAUUAUCGGACAUGUGAAUAGCAGCAGCCUCAGCUCGGCCUUGCCCACGCCCACCUCAUCGACCACAACGCCCAACAGCGAUGAGCAGUUGCCGCUAACGCCAACGGCCAUCGUCGGGGUUGGCAGCAACAAUGCGUGCGGACUCUCAAAGUCGCCGCUGAGGAAUGUGCCCGCCUCGGCACCUGCCGUUGUGACCCACAAAAAGAAGAGCGAUGAAGUAAACAAUGUGCUCAAGCAAGUGGACUUUGACAAGAAGUACAGGGCUCUGCCGCAGUUCAAGCCAGAGGAUUGCCAAUCGCCCAGCGCCAUUGCAGUGCCGUCCUCGCCUCGCGUCUAUGGCACCAACUAUCGCAAGAAGAACGCUGUGCCACCGCCAGUGCAGAAGCUGAUGGGCGAGGAUGAUUCGAUCGAUGAGCCCGCCUCGGCGCCACCGACAACCACACAGCGUUUCUUUGGUGCGGACUUUAACAAUGAUCUGAGAGAACUUGAGACCGCCGAUCAAACGGGUCGAUCCCCCCGCACACCCAAAACGCCGUUGCAGAGCGCACGUUCCGAUGCCAGCGAGAAGGGACACCGCCGAGUGUUGGAGACGCGACGCAAUUUGGUCAUGCAACUGUUCAACGAUCACGGCAUGUUCCCAACCACACAGGCAACCAUUGCCUUCCAGACCAAACACAUCGAUGUCUUUCCACGCAAGCAAGAUCUGCAGCUGAAGAUACGCGAGGUACGCCAGAAGGCGCUGGGAAAUCAGGUCUACACGCCACAAUCGGACUCCAACUCGUCUUCAGCCACGCUGGGCGCCAAUCUGAAUACAGCGGCGUCAGAUGUUUUUCCAUAUUACUAUACGGCAGGUAUGCACCAACAACAUCAACAACACCAACAGCAACAGCAGCAAUUGCAAUACGCCGAGCAACAACAACAACAGCAGAGUCUGUCACAGGCGAGCCAUGGAACCAAGCCAAACGAUAAUGAUACCAAGUACAAGUGAGAAAAUGUAAGCCGCCGCUUUAACGGAUUACAGGAUCAGUCAGGACGAUCAGGACGUAAACGAAUUUGAUUAGCUGCGAGUGACAAAUUACUUAAAAUUAGUAAACGAAUUAAGCAAAACAACAAUAAUUGCAGCAACGCACACACACACACACACACACAUACACAAAAAUACAUCCACAUUCAGAAAGUUACAGCUCAUGCAUCAGAUGCAUAAAGGCAACAAGAGAAAUAGUUUAUAUUGAAAAUAAAGAAAAGAAAAAGGAAACUACAUAUAUAUUAAAUCGAAAGGAUAAAAAAAUUACAAAUUUUAAUUACAAUAUGUACUACACGUAUAACGAAGCGAGAGGAAAAGAACAGCAACAGAAAUAUUGAGAGGAAGUGAAUUUAUUAAGCAGCUUAAUAAAAUAAAACAAAAAGAAAGGAAAGUAAGGAAAGAAAUUACUAGUUGGAAGAUACAUAGAAUUUUUGAAGCAUAUAUAUGAAGUACAUACAUAAUAGAAGAAGCAUUGUAUAAUGAUUUAGUUAUUAAUUUACAGGCAAAACAAACAAAAACAAAUUAGCAACCGCAAUGAAUACCGUAACAACAGAAAAUACGAAAUCGAAAGCUAAAACAAAAACACAGAACACAAAACCGAAACCGAAAUAGCGCAUAAGCAUAAACCUAACUUAAAUUGCACAUUAAUUUUGAAGUGUAUUUAGCACAAGAAUUGUAUAAAACAACAACAAAACGAUAAGAAAACAAAGUUAAAUUGAGAACGUUAACGAAAAUUGUAAUCUAUAUAUUGCAAAACAAAUUGUAGAUGUAUUGUAUAAUUAGUCAUAACGGUUUUAGAAUGAAAAGAAACCGCACCGCAAAAUGCUUUUAAAUUGUCAGCUUUUUUCAUUGGCAAAUUGCAAUUGGAAAAAGUGAAACAUUUUUUUUAAAUUGUAUGUACAUUACUAUUUUAAUUAUUAUUAUUAUUAUCAUUAUUACUAUUAUUUUUAUUCUUGUACUAUUUUCUGGCUUUUUUACACUGUUGUCUAUUUAAUUUGAAUAAACAAAUUUAAUUUAUAUAAAUACCACACAUAAUUAUAUACAGUUGUUAGACGGAACAUUCAGCAAAUAAACAACACAACAACAAGUGCAAAACUGUCUAUCGAACAACAAAGAAACCAACAACAACAGCAAUAAACAUUUGCAAUUUAAAACAGAAUGAAAAUUAUGAUACACAAAACUGUCUUCCACUGUUGCUGCAAUACUUGAUUUAUCAAUAUUCUAAUUGUUUUUUAUGAUUAUUUUUACAAAUUUAAUUUUAAAUUACGUAGCUCUGUGGAGUUUUGCUUAUUUAAUUGUAUAAAUAGAGUGUGUGACUGCGUUUAAUUGUAAAUUAAAUAAAUACAUUUUGGCUUUCAACAAUAAUUAUUAUACUACCAUAUAUUAUGUUAGAUUGUACACUUAGUUAUUAAACAAGCUUUAAACAAAUUUGAAAGCAUUGACAACAAAUAUGCUAUGGCGUAAUUCUCGUUAAUUAUUUCGCAAGCAAAAGCAGAAGCAAAAUGAAAUGCCAGAAACUUUGUAUUAUUAUAUGUGUACAACUUGAAGUGUUGUGUCUGUUAAACGUGCAAAUGUAUUGUAUUUUUCUUUCAAUCUAAUUUUGAUUUAUCCUAUUUUUUAAAUUGUAUGCAUGUAUCAAAUGUUCUCCUUAUUCGAUAUAAGAUAUUCUCCCUAAAUUAUGCUAGCAUCUGUUUUUUUUUUAUUUUGCGCAGUCUCUUAAUUCACUUUGCCAUAGUUAAUGAUCUAAUGCAGACACAAACACACACCCACACAGACACUCUUUUAAUUUGUGUAAUGGUUAGUUAUUAAAUAAAUUGAUUACAACUUUUUAAAGCUGCACUUAAUUAUAAUUUAAUUAUAGUUAUUUUAGUCUUUAUGUUUCCUACAAUUAGUUGAAAACAAAAUUUUAUAUGAUAAAAACAUUUUAGCGUGUUAAUGUUAAUCAAAAACAAAACAAAAAAAGAAUAAAACAAAGUUUAUAAGCAAAUUAUGCGUGUGAAAUUAUUGCAGAGAU